AUGGCCGAUAGUUCGAGAAAGAGGAAGCAGACGCCAGGCAACACGGGUCCUGGCAAUCCUGUCAAACGCACCCGAUUCCAACAGAGGCCACAGCACGUCAUCCCCGCCAUACCGACUAGCAACGCGUACCCCAAUGGCGAGAUCAACGUCAAAAACUUUCUCAAGUCGCACGAAAAUGAGAUCAAAUCGCUCGAGGGCGCCAUCAAGGCGGCUAAGAAGGGGCAGUCGCGACGAGCUUUUCAAGAUGUGCCGAGGGGGUUGAGGAGGAGGACGGCGAGCCAUAAUCCGCAUCGCGUACCAAAGAGACUGCGGGUCAGGGCGCGACAGGAGGCUAAAGAGGACAACACACCCAUUUCAAGAGGCACUAGCGGGAGCGGUGUUGGGAAAGGGAAGAAGAAGCAUCUGAGGAAGUCGGGGAGGGAGAACAGCAGGCAGGUCGCCAAGAAGAGGAACAAUGGCAACACCACUGCAGCUGGGAAAGACCAUGACGGGGACGCAGCAAUGGAGGAUGCGCCGGAGCAAGUCACGAAGCCCUCACCAUCAAAGCCGAAGCGCAAGUUUCCUGCUUUAGCUACGCCCGCCACCCCUCCAUCUCGAUUCCGCAGACGACAGCGAGACAAGACAUGGCUACCCACGCAUCUAUGGCAUACGAAGCGCGCAAAGAUGACUGAACCAAAGGAGCCGCUCUGGCGCUUCGCAAUCCCACUGCAACCAGCAGUCAAGGCAUAUCGUCUGAUACACAGAGCCGCAACCCAGCGCGGAGCCGUUGCGUGGGACGUAAGCUACAUGUCAACUCUCAGUCUCGAGGGUCCUGAGGCUAGUAUAACUGGGCUACUCAAGGGUCUGUACUUUGCUGUAGACAGUGCAGAGGACCCGUGGCAGAACAGAGGCAGGGCCAGGAAGUGGAGAAAUGGUACCAGAGUUUGGGAAGGCUGGAUAUACGAAAGAGAAGCCAAGCCGCUGAAGAAAGUCGCCCAAGUGACUGUCAUCUGGUGCGCCCCGCAUGCAGGCAGCAACAAGACGAAAGCCUUUGUUCGUGUACACCCGAGCGCUUUCUUACAACUCUGGAAUCAAGUGGUCAGGAUGGCAAAAGUGCAGAAGCCAGCUGUCACGGUUCGAGAUCUCCGCUUCGAUAUUGGCUCUAUCGAGAUCACAGGUCCUGCCGCUAUAGAAGCCCUUUGUUCGAUUCUCGCUCCCGUAUCUUCCCCAGAUGCAGGGCCCGAUGCUCCAGAGUCUCUUUGGCCCGCCUUGGCUUCUGUCACAGACGCUGCGUCACUACCAAACGGUGCGCUUCUGUCUUUUAACAUUUCAGAUCCCCGGCUUCGCGAUCCUCCUCGCACAUCGCCCGUGGCAUACGACCAACAGUCUCUGACUGCCUUGACGGAAACCCUUGCAGCCUGGCCGCUCGACAACGCCUCAAUCCCAGCCUCCAUCUUCGAUACCAACAGCCGGCUAGCCGCACAACGAACCAUGCCGUCUCAGAAGUCUAUAAAUCGUCGGAAGAGCGCAUGCACAUUAGGUGAAGACCCAGAGGCACGCUCAACCGAUCCGCGUAUUCCGACGCUUGUACUUGUAUCGCGAGAAAGCAAGUCUUGGACUGUUCUUCUUCCCUGGAGAUGCGUCAUGCCCGUAUGGCGACAGAUGAUGCGCUACCCGGUAUCUACAGGCGCAACCCCACUAUUUGGCGGCUUGAAAGAAAGACGCCAGGUUGACUUUGAGCGCUCGAAGCCGCACUUCCCGUACGACCAUCCUGGCACGGAUGCUGGAUGGAGUUGGGAACUACGUGAGCGAGAGGUGAGGAAGCACGAAUGGACUAAGCGCCCAAAGGGAAAGAGGAUUGAGUGGUCGACGAUUGAUCUCGGCAAUGGUAGGAAGGGUGAGAUUGGAGAUCCCUGGUGUUGCGACUGGGAGCGAUUGAUUCCAAGAUGGAAAGGAGAGAUUACCACUCCUCGAGAGGAGCCAGGAGAGUCCCGGACCCCUGUCAGACAGCUGUCUUGCAGAGAUGCAGUUGACUUGAUUGAGAAGGGCAACGCUACGUUGGGCGACUCUUGGCUGUCGCCAGAUGUGUUCACGGCCAAGAUCACAAUGGUACAGCGAGGUACGCCUACAGACUGCGCUCGCAUCUACCGUCUGCCUGCAGAUGCACAAUCUCGAAGCGGAUGGCUGUCCUUGAUGCCACAACCUGGCACAAAGCGUGCAUCGAAAGCAGGCGAGGAGGACUAUCCUCUUGUCCCCGACGAGGCGGAUCUAAUGGGCUUUGUUACAACAGGCAACUACAACCUUGCAGAGGGCAUGCCAACAGCCAUUGCGAAUCUGGCGGUGCACAGAACUACCAACAUCCUCGACGACUUGCUGAGCAACAUCGUCUUCACCACGGCCCUAUCAUGCCACCGAUCCGAGAAGCUGCUCCGCAUGCAGUCGGCCGCCACGCAAGCCGAGUCCAUCGCCCUGGCAAACCUCGAGCCGCAGUCGCAGAAGCAAAACACGACAGCCGCCACGUCGAUACCCGUCGCUGAGACAUCGGCAGCAAAGUACGACAAUGGGCGCGUCUUCCUCAAGGGCAAUCCGCUCAAGACAACGCCUGAGAUAAUAUGUCCGCACUGCAAGCUGCCCCGGUUGAUGCACCCCAUCAUGGGCAAGGGCAUGCAGAACCCAGACCUGACCAAAGAGUACUGCAUGCUCUACCCCUUUGUCCAGCGAUCGGGCCACGACGUCUACGGCAACCCCUUCCCCACCGACAUGGCCAAGAGCAAGAAGGAACGCGAGCUCAUCAAGCAGCAGCAGAAGAAUGCCGAGAAGGAGAGCGUAGGCACGCCCGGCUCCCAAGACACAGACAUGGCUGGCGGCGACACCAAGGAAAUCAAGCUCAACACGGGCGGCAAACCCGCUUCCUACAUCCCCUGGCACACGUGUCCCAACUGCAAGCGCAGCUUACUCAUAACGCGCUUCGCACAGCACCUAGAAAAGUGCCUCGGCAUCAGCGGGCGGCAGAGUAGUCGCAACGCCAUGGCCAAACUCACCGGACAAAACGGCGGCACGGGUUCAGGUCUCGGCAACACGCCGCUGGGAAGUCGCAUGGGCACGCCCGCGCCCGGCGAGUCGUCAUCCGCCAACAACCCCAAGACGAGUAGCAAAACAAAGGGCAUCUCGCCCGUUAAACGUCUCAAGGGCGAAAAAGACGACGAUGCCGACGCUGAUGACAUGGACAACGAUACCCCCGAACGCCGCAAGAUGAAGAAGAAGUCGUCCUAUGUCAAAAAGGCGGAUCGUGAUAAGCCAUCUUCUAACUCGACUACCACUUCCAACGGCAAUGGCAAUGGCACGCUCAAAGUCAAGCUGAAAACUAGUAGUGGUGGUAGACCUGAUCUUGGGGAUAGAAAACACAGCGAGAGCAGUGAAAGGGGUGAGGGCAAGCGCGACCGUGACGCUGAUGAUGUCGGUGGAGAUUCACCCAAGAAGAAGAAGAUUAAGCUUAGUUUGGGUCCUGGUGGUGGUGGUGGGGGCAAGGAUAGAGGGAGGGCGAGUGCGAGUGUGGAGCCGUCUGUUAGGGGUGCGAGUCCGGAGUAG